GCGAGCCUCCAGGGUUAGGUGAAGGAGAGAGAAAAGGACAGCGCCAUUUCCAGCUUCCCUUCAGCGAUGGCUCUGCCUCUUAAGGUCUUGAGUCGGGGCUUGGCCAGCGCAGCUAAAGGAGACCAUGGAGGGGCAGGAGCCAACACCUGGCGCUUCCUGACCUUUGUGCUGGCUCUGCCCAGCGUGGCCCUCUGCACCUUCAACUGCUGGAUGCACGCUGGCCACCGAGAGCGCCCGGAGUUCAUCCCUUACCACCACCUGCGCAUCCGCACCAAG